AUACAGUCAGCUUCAAUGAAGAGGAAAACAUUUCCCUCCCCUCAAUGGGACAUUUAAAAAAAAAACUUUAAAUGUCCCAGCUUCCUCCUCAGGGAACCAGAUCAAAUACUGCGUGAAGUGAGUGGGAAGACAUCAGUAUACCAUAUCAAACUGGAUCCCAAAUCCAGUUUGCUCCAUCCCUACUGGCUCCGCCCCCUUCUGGGUAAUGGGUCCGCCUCUCACGCCCAUUGAUCAAGCGGUCCACUCGCCGCUGCGAAGGACAGAGCCCCUGGACUCCCAGGUUCCUGGCCAGGGAGGUGCAGGAAAAGGAGAGACCUAUCUGCCAGGGUGAGCGUGGCCUGAGGGUCAAGCUGCUGGUCCUGGGAUGCCCCAGCCCAAGCCCAGUGAGCAGGAGGGGGAGAGCAUGAAAGCCGGCCAGGAGCCAACUCCCCAGCCUGGAACAGAUGUGGUCCUAGCAGCCCCCAGGAAGCCCAGAAAAUGCUCCAAACUGGUCCUGCUGACAGCCUCCAAAGACAUCGCCAAGGUGGCUGGGGCCAAGCGCAAAGGAGUGCACUGCAUCAUGUCUCUGGGGGCGCCAGGCCCCGCCACCCUGGCCAAGGCCCUCCUCAAGACUCAUCCUGAGGCUCAACGAGCCAUUGAAGCAGCCCCCCAGGAGCCUGAGCAGAAGCGCAGCAAGCUGGACCCGGGGGCUAAAAUCUCAAGAAAGCCAAGAUGGAGUGUUCAUGGCUAUACGUCUUUGGGGACCAUAGAAUUCCCAACCUCCCACCCACAGCUGGAGAAGUACUGAGGAGUCAAAAACGACCUUGGUAUGAGGACUCUAUACAGGUAGCCCAGAAGACAAUGCAUGGUCUGGGGUGUCUUCUUCAAGUCCUGAGGAGACCACUGUGCUCCCCACGGCACCCAGCACUUCCCCAUAACCUUGGCAACUGCUGCAGCAUGUGCUGCCCACUGUGUCAGCAAGAAAGAAAAAUAAGAGAAAAAAUAAAAGAAGCUGUAUACUA